CAUCAACAGCAAGCAAGCAAGCGAGCAACCAACAGUGGACAAACUUUGAUUUAUACGGUUUAUUGUAUUUGUGAAUGCGAUUGAAAGUGGAAGUGAGUGUGUGCUGAGUGUGUGUGAUGAUUAAUUACGGCUCCGCUGCUUGACCAGCCGAAGCACAGCACAUUUGUACAGCAGAUAUAGAUAUACAAACGCGCCAACUCAAAUUCCAACUUGUUGUAAUCUACGCAGCAGCGGCAACGAUAUAAAGUGACAACAACAAAGAGAGCAGCAGCAGAGUAAACGAUUUUAUGGAGGCAGAACUGUGCAAGCAGCAAUUGCUGCGCUGCUCUUCUUAUCACACGCAGUUGCUGUAGCUGACUUUUGUGGUUUUGCGCCGCCCCCCUUUUAUCCUUGAGGGUUUAUUUUUUUUUGCUUUUUGUUUUUAUCAGUAUCAACUUGUUGCCAUAGAUGCUGUGAUUUUACCCCCGCCGCUCCCUCUUAUUACCGUUGGAGAUCAAACAUUAGUGACGACACUCGACGCGCGAUACAAAUAAUAAAUAAAUAAGGGAAGCAGUUACAAGGGCGCGGGGUGUUGUAUGGCGUUCCGGGGGAUGGCGGAAGUGGUUAUACAGAACUAUUUAUAAAAAAAACUAACGAAAGACACGACAAAAGCCAGAACAAGAGGCUACAAAUUAAGCAAGUAGCAUUAAAGAAACGACGUCGUCGCCAACAACAAAAAAUGUACAAAACGCAUCAAAUAUUCAAAGCAACAACAACAACAACAACAGUGGUAACUGUAAACUACCAACAAUAAUACAAAUAUAGACAGAGAGUGUGUGAGUGUGAGCUGGGAACAGCUGGCCGACAUGGAGGGACGCCGCCCAUUGUUUCCCAUUGAACCUGAGCCGCCAACAACGCCCACACAGCGACUGACACUGCUGGCAACGCGCUCGCUACGUGCGCUGCAAUUAAACUGGAAGUUUAUCAUUUCCGGCAUCACAUUGACGCUUUUGGCCGUUAUUUGGUAUUAUCCAACGUUCUUCUUAUUCUUCGCAUUCGUCAUCUACUCCUUGGUGCUGGUCUUUGCAGCUGUCGCCGGCACCGUCUACAUACAUUACAUAUUUACGACCAAUGAGCCCACAAAGCCAAAUCGACUGCCCUCCAAGCUGCUCUACAAUGCCACCAAAAGUCACAUUUUUGAUUUGCCAAAUCCCAUCAAGAAUCCAUCGAAUUUACCAUUGAUUUUUGGCAAAACAGUCGAUCUGCAGCUUCAGCAGAUCAUCGAGUAUGUGCUACGAGACUUUAUGGUGCCCUGGCUAGGCUACGUUGUGACCAAGCCGAAGCUCAUCAAUGAUGUCAUACGCGAGGAUCUUUGGAAUGCCAUACAAAAGAUACAUGAGCGAGCCGCUCGCAUGGAUCCGGCUAAGAUCAUUGCCGUUGACAUGAUCAAUCGCGUCACAGUGCAUCUCGAAAAGAUUCGCAUUGCCGAGGCACGCGCUGCCGAAACGAGCAGCGCACCUGUGUUUAGCACCAAUUCGUACCUGGUCGAUGAGGAAAAGGAAAUGGAGUUUUUGCGUAAAUUGUGCGAGAUUAUGGUCAUUCUGCUGUUGCCACGCGGCUAUUCACUGCCACCACUCAAAGUGCUGCUCAGCGAGAUUCUGUCCUUUAAGAUAUUCUUUCCGAUGAUCAAAAUGCUGACGUCACCGGACUACAUCAACCAGAAGGUGGUGCAAAACAUUGAGACACGUCUGGCGGCGGCGGCGAUUAGCAAACGGAGCUACGAGUAUGCGGCUAGUUUUGAGGAGUUCCUCAAGAUCAUCAACAAUUCGGGGAAUCUGGAGGAGUUGUCGUUGAUACGCAAAAGCAUUGUGAAUGAUUUGAUGCAUGCGACGAGCAUGCAGAAUUUGCAACGUGCCAAAGGACUUGAUCCCGAUACUGAGGAUCAUACGCUAACCAAAUCCGAGCUGACGGCCGCUGUGCGACUCAAGCGUUAUGUGCAACAACUGACCGUGGCCAAGGGUCAGUGUGAAAAGAAUCUGGCCAAGUUUGGAUGGAAUGGCAAUUACUCCAGCGACACAGAUUUAACGCUGAUGGAAAUACUCAAUACGGCGGUGGGUCGACGCUUCUUUACGCUAUUCCUGGAGCCAUUGAAGGCGAGUGCGCUGGUUGGCUUCUAUCUGGCCGUCGAUGAGAUGAAGCAUUCGCACAAAAGUGCCACCCAUCAGCUGGGCACCGAGAUCUUUUACACCUACAUUCGUGCACCCAAGCCAGAGAUACAAAUCGAUAAGCAUGAGCGCAAACUGAUCGAGACCUUUGUGCUCGGCGAUGCGGGUCCAGAUAUAUUCUAUGAUAUACAGCGGAAUAUUCUGCGCACACUGGAGGACAAAUACUAUCCGCCAUUUGUGCUGAGCGAACAGUAUCGUCAGCUGAAGGAGGCACUCGAUUCGAACGAAUUUAACGAUCCCACCUUGCUCAUGUGUCCCACACUCCUCGGCGAUGUGCAUGACGAUGAGCAGGCCAGCGUUGUCGAUGGCCUCAAUGGUGCCGGCGGUGCUCCGGCUGCCAUCGAUGUCGCUGCACACACGUCGUAUGCGCGACGAAAGCUGGAGCAGAUACAGGAGCGCAUCGAUAAGAAGAAUCAAGCGCUCGAUGCGCUCAAGUAUUCAGUGAAACCGGAAUCGAAGGUGCUGCAAAUACUCGAAAAGGAGAUGGAGUGGCUAAAGAGCGAGAAGCGACAGACGGAGGCGCAUCUCCGACGCACCGAUGCCUGGACCGAGCAUCUCGGCAAAUGGAAGGCGACCAUACAAAGUGUCGAGGUAUCCGAUGAGAAGGAAUCACUCCAAUUCAUGAUACUCGUGCACGUGGACGAGGACAUCAAUGCACCGCCACAGGCAGCGCCCAAGAAUGGCGACAGCAGCAGCACAGGACGUGCACAACGACGUCGUCCCUCGGGGAUAUCCAGUGGCUGGGUGGUGAUGCGUUCGCUUAAUCAAGUGCACGAGCUGCAACGCAAGCUGCGACAUGUGAGCUCCAAUUUAAAGUCACUCGAUUUGCCCACAAACUUCAAGUUCUUCUUCCUGAAGACGGAUCGUCAUGCACAGGAAAAGGCCAAAGGACAAAUUCAAAAGUUUCUCAACUUCAUAUUGGAGGACGAUCAUUUGAAUGGCAGCGAAGCGAUCUAUACGUUUCUUAGUCCUAGUUCGGAUCAUCUGAAGCAAACGUUGCCCUCGCCCAAAAAGUCAAAAUUCUCGUUGUCGACGCUAUUCAAGAGUGAUGCGGCCAAGGCGCAUGACAGCAACAAGGCAAGCGAUCCGUUUUGGGGACUGCAACGCGAUGACGAUGACAUGUCCACGUAUCUCGAUGGCGAGACGAGCAGCGAUGCCAAACUGCUGGCAGAUUUGGAUAGCAAAGAUUCGAUAGCGGAACCAAUGUAUGCCCUCAUGGGUGAAAUCUUCGAUAUGGGCGGCGUCUUUAAGUGGCUGCGAAAGAGCAUCAUCUCGUUCGUUCAAAUCACCUAUGGACGCACGAUCAAUCGUCAGAUACGUGAAUCGAUUGCCUAUCUCUUCGAGGAGUCCAUGCUGCACAAUUAUUUCUCGGCGAUUUUGAAAUCCUUUUGGCCCGGCGGCGUUUUGGCAUCCGCUUAUCCGGUGCGUUCCGAGGACAUGAAGGAGAUGACCACCAAUGCCGCGAAAGCUCUGCUCACCGAUCACAUACCCGAGGUGCUGUGCAAUCUUGUCGGCGCCCAGGCGGCCAAACGUGGCGUCCUCAAGGUGUUCGAUGCCCUGCAGAAUCCCACAUACAACAAACAGUUGUUCUAUGAGCUGCUGGAGAUCCUGAUGAUUGAAUUCUUUCCGGAGAUACGCCAGCUGAAGGUGAACAACAGCGCCAACGGCAGCAAACUGAAUACGGCCACAGCGGGCGUGGCAGCCGCCUCCGCUGCCGCAGCAUUGGCCGCAGUCGCAGCUCUGCCGCUGAACUGCAACAGCCAUGGAACAGUCCACGGUGCGGCGUCGAGUCUGGCGCCAAGUUCGACGACGACACACACGGCUGCUGGCAAUGCAGCGGGGAAUCCCAAGGAGCAUUAUCAUCAAUCGCCGCCGCAGCAGUCGCCUUAUCAUCAGAGCAGAGCUGAGCCGCAUCAUCACGGCACGACGGGAGCCAAGUAGAAGAGACGACAUUAGAACUCCUUUUCUUUUUAUUUUUAUGUACUUUAAUUAUUUUUAGAAUGUGUUAACAAAUAAUGCUCUCUCGCGCUCUCUCUCUCUUUCUCAGUGUAUACUCUAUAUAGCGAACUCGCUCUAAGCUGUGUUUUUUUUUUUGUUUUUGUGUUUUUUUCUUAAUUAGCUGAAUUUUGACGUAGUAUAUUUAGGAUUAGAAAAGAAAACCGUAACGGAAACGCAGUACAAUUCCUUCACCCUAAAUGUCCCGUGUUAUUUGUUUCGUCUUGUAGUCGUAAAUUGUUUGUUUUUCUUGUUUUUUUAUGUGUAUUUGUUAUUACUAUUAUUAUUAUUUUUAACAUUUCGAUUGUGCAGUAUUAAGCGUUACACCAAACUGUUCUCCCAACCACAUUCCUAUUUCCCAAAAUUAGCUGACACAACGAAUUUCCCAAAUUCCAUAAGAUACACGAUUGAUUGAUUGAUUGUUUGUUUGUUGGUGCCGUUGCCCCAAGUAUAUAACGAUUUAACUGGAGUCGACUUAUUGUGAUCUUAGCAAGUAAACAGCACCAAAAAUAAAAGAAUUGAAAUUGAUUUCCAACUACUAUAUAUAUACAUUAUAUACAAAUAUUAUAUAUACUAUAUAUAUAUAUACAUAUAUGUAAUUAGAUAAACCAAAUAGUAUAUUAUACACACACCAAACACACACACGAUGUUAUAAUACCCCUUACAAAAGGCUGACGCUCCUCGAAAAAAAACAAAAACUAAAACCAAACUCUCGCUGCUUUUCCCCCUCAGCGAAUUGACUUGAAAUGGGAGCGCGCUGACAAAUUGUAUUGUAUUGGAUUGUAUAUUCUAUUUAUGUAUUGCAGUUGCAAUGUUUUAUGUGUAAAACAAUAUUUAACAAAAAAAAAAAAAAAUUAAAAGAAA